UACACGUGGGAGCGCACAUAUUGUCCCUCUCUCGCUUCUAAGCUUGCCCGUAGUCAUAACGGAGAACGGAUUCACACCGAACCACUGUUGAGACCGACGAGAAGUUCACCGAAGAACUACACUUCGGCACCAUGAGAACUUUCCCAAGCUUAUUUGUUAGUUUCACACUUUUUGCAGCGUGUUUUCUUGCUGUUUCAGUCUCUACUGCGAGAGCUGCCGACUGUGAAGUAAAUGUGUGUUUGAAUGGAGGAACAUGUGUGACCGGAGCGGGAAAAGAUCCCUUUAUCUGCAUUUGUAAUGAAGGCUUCACUGGACAGACCUGCAACGAGACCGAGAUUGGGCCCUGCAGCCCUAACCCCUGUAAAAACGACGGUGUCUGUGAGAUCAUCCCCAACCCCCAGCGAGGAGAUGUCUUCAGAGAAUACGUCUGCAAGUGUUCAAUCGGCUUCGAUGGAAUCCACUGCCAGAACAAUGUGAACGACUGUGCUGGCCAGCCCUGUCAGAACGGAGGCAUCUGUCGAGAUCUUGACGGCGAUUUCACCUGUAAAUGUCCCUCACCCUAUGUGGGAAAGCACUGCCAACUGCGAUGCAUCUCUCUGCUGGGAAUGGAAGGAGGAGGCAUCGCCGAGUCUCAGAUCUCUGCCUCCUCUGUGUACUACGGCAUUCUGGGACUGCAGCGCUGGGGGCCCGAGCUGGCCCGACUGAAUAACAAGGGACUUGUUAAUGCUUGGACCUCUGCGACACAUGACAAGAACCCCUGGAUAGAGAUCAACCUACAGAGGAAGAUGCGUUUCACUGGCAUCAUUACCCAAGGUGCCAGUCGCAUGGGCACUGCCGAGUUCAUCAAAGCGUUCAAGGUGGCGUCCAGUUUGGAUGGGCGAACCUAUACCAUGUACAGACUCGAAGGCCAGAGCAAAGACUUGAUCUUCGUUGGUAAUAUGGACAAUGAUGGGACAAAGACUAAUUUGUUCGACCCUCCAAUCAUAGCUCAGUUCAUACGAAUUGUUCCUGUUGUGUGUCGUAAAGCCUGUACUCUGAGAAUGGAGCUGGUGGGCUGUGAACUCAACGUGUAUUUGAACACGACAGGUUGCUCCGAGCCGCUAGGUAUCAAGUCACGGCUGAUCGAUGACAGGCAGAUGACGGCUUCCAGCUCUUUCCGCACCUGGGGGAUCGAGGCAUUCACCUGGCACCCACAUUACGCUCGUCUGGACAAGCAGGGCAAGACUAACGCCUGGACAGCAGCCACCAAUGACCGCUCAGAGUGGCUGCAGGUGGACCUACUCAGACCAAAGCGCAUCACAGGAAUCAUCACGCAAGGGGCCAAAGACUUUGGCAAUGUGCAGUUUGUGUCCGCCUAUAAAGUAGCUCACAGUGAUGAUGGCAAGUACUGGACCAUACUCAAAGACGACAAGACAAAAACAGAUAAGAUUUUCCCUGGCAACAGUGACAACAACGUGCACAAAAAGAACGUGUUCGAGCCCCCCUUCUACGCACGAUUCGUCCGCAUCCUGCCGUGGGCGUGGCAUGAACGCAUUACCCUGCGAAUGGAGCUGCUGGGCUGCGAUGAGUAGAACUCCUCCCUCUCCUGCUCUCUUUCUCUCUGAUUCUCUCUCUGUCUCUCCUUCUCCUCUUUUAUACUUCCCUCCAUUCCUUCUUCCCUCAACCACACCUGCACUGCCUCACUCUUAGCAACAGAGGGCAACAUCACCACACGACCCUGCACAGCUGGGGGACUGAUGUCAACGCAGCCGGCAAAAAACCAAGCUCAAACCCACAGUGUGAAGCAUUUAGCAUUAAAUAUUUUGUACUGACGCGAGUCUGACUGCAGUGGCCCUUGAAGAUGAAGUCAAUGCUAAUGUAUAUUAAUGUUUGUUUGCCCUAGAUUAGGAAAUUAGACAUUAGGAAAUGGCUUACUUACUGAAGUAAAGAAUUACAACCAAUUGGAAAGAAGUAAUGCUGUACAUACCAAAUAAGUCACAAUUUAUUUAUUUUCACAUGAAUCAGUGUGUUAGUUUGGUUGUGAAUGCAGUUAUAUGUUAUCUUAUGAAGUAGUUUAAAGGGUUAGUUCACCCAAAAAUGAAUAUUCACCCUCAUGCCGUUCCACACCCGUAAGACCUUCGUUCAUCUUCAGAACACAAAUUAAGA